UCACUGCUGCUGCCAGGUCCACAGUGUGUCAUGGGUCCCUGUACCGCCUCCCAUUGCUGCUGUCUCCAUCGCCACACUCUGCCAUGUGCCACUUUCAGGUCUCCUCACACUCCUGCUGGAUUCCAUUUUGUCAUAGGAUGCUGGCAGAUUACGGGCGUCUCCCAUUGCUGCGGCCAGGCCCCUAAUGUGCCAUGGGCCCCUGUACCGCCUCCUCAUGCUGCUGCCAGGUCCACAGUGUGUCAUGGGUCCCUGUACCGCCAGGCCUCCCAUUGCUGCUGUCUCCAUCGCCACACUCUGCCAUGUGCCACUUUCAGGUCUCCUCACACUCCUGCUGGAUUCCAUUUUGUCAUAGGAUGCUGGCAGAUUACGGGCGCCUCACAUUGCUGCGGCCAGGCCCCUAAUGUGCCAUGGGCCCCUGUACCGCCUCCCUGCUGCUGCCAAGUCCACAGUGUGUCAUGGGUCCCUGUACCGCCUCCCAUUGCUGCUGUC